AUGCCUGGAACUCGUUUUUUUGAACAACAAGAUGGAACAAAAAUUGCAUACCAAAUUUUUAAUUCUGAAAAUGCUAAAAUAAUUGUGUUUGAUAAUCGUGGAAUUGGAGAAUCAACCGUUGCUUCUUAUAAUGAUCCUCUCACGGUCGAGUUAAUGGCUCAAGAUACAAUUGCGUUGCUUAAACAUCUUGGAAUUAAAAGAUUUAAUUUGUUUGGAACAAAUAUGGGUGCUAGAAUUGCUUUUGAAACUGCCUUGAAGCUUCCAUCUGAUUUGAAGUUAGAGAAAAUAGCUGUUAGUUCUUGUGCUCCUAAAAUUGACUUAAAUUCAGGAGGGAGUCAGAAAAUCAAUAAAAUUCAUGAAUUGUCAAGCACUCCUUUUCCUAAUGAUAUUCAGGGACAAAAAGAUAGACUUCUUGAAGGUGAAUUUGAUCAAGAUUUAUCUAAAUAUCUACUUGAACAUCCCGAUGAUCUUGAUAAAAUGGCAGAGAUCAUUAUUAGCAGAUACGAUGCCAGACCGUUUGAAAUGAUGAAACGUCAGUGGGAGGCAAAUACAACUUAUGAACUGCUUCCAAAACUAAAAGAAAUUAAAGUUCCAACUUUGGUAAUUCAUGCAGAAAAUGAUCUAUUCUUUUCCAACAAGGAAGCUGAAUUACUUAGUAAAGAGCUUUCUAAUUCAAAACUUUAUAAUAUUCCUAACAUGGGAAAUAAUAUUUUUGUAAAAGAUCGUGAAACUACUGCCAAUGUCAUUAGUGAAUUUUUGAAUAAUUAA